AGCGAAUCGACAUCCUAGCAACCGAGGACGCCAGCCUCUGCGUCCUCCAACUGUGGAUUCAGUUUUCUGAGUUUUUUAUUACCUAUAUUACCUUUUAUUACCUUUAUUGACUGAUUUUUUAAAGCCGAGAAGAUGGACGUAUCACUCGAGGCACAAACCAAACCACUUUCUACCUUGUCGUCAUUCAGUUACAUCCCAGCGCGACGGAAGGAACCGAAAGAAAUGUCCUUCUUUAACAGAGACUCAAAGGCCCCAGAAGUCUUCAUGUAUGACCAAGUGUUCCACCAGGCCGAGGGCUAUGAUAUGAAACUGCACCGAGAUGACAGGACACACCAUAAAGGGAGAGGACUAAACAUAAACGAAGAGGAGAUGUCCAGAGUUGUUCCUGUGCGCUCCUCUUCAGAAUACGGCCGCCGUCCUGUUCCCGUCCUCUACCAAACAGGCCGGCAGUACAAACAUGUGGCUUGCAUCAAAGCUGAAUUUUUCAUGAAAAAUGGGAUCAUCUGGAAUGUGGCAGAAGGAUACGGAUCAGUGGCCCCUAUUUGAAAGCCUGAAGUCUCCCAGCAUGAGAUGAAAGUGUUUCUUCUCACGGUGAAAGCAUUUACUAAUAAACCCGUGUUGCAGAGCGUA